AUGGCUCAAGGAACACUUGAAGUUGUUCUAAUUAAUGCCAAAGGUCUUGAAAACACUGAUUUUCUAAAUAACAUGGAUCCCUACGUGAUCUUGAGUUAUGGGGGCAGAAAACAGAAUAGUAAAGUUGCAUCAGGACAAGGAUCUGAGCCUGAAUGGAAUGAAACUUUUACGUUUAAUGUGAAUUCUGGGGGUGUUGAUCUUACUUUAAAAAUAUUGGACAGCGAUUGUGGUACGGAGGAUGAUUGUGUUGGAGAAGCAACUAUACCAUUAGAACCAGUGUUCCAUGAAGGAAGAGUUCCAACAACAUCAUACAAUGUUGUCAAAAAUCAAGAAUUUCGAGGACAGAUCAAACUCAGCCUAUCCUUCACCCACAAGGCUCCUAGCGGUGGUCGCGAAACAACGCAGCACGGAAGCUAUGGCGGAUGGAGAGAAUCUUCAUUAGACUGA